AUGGUCGCCGACGCCGUCAUCUACCACCCCUCGGUGGCCCACUACCUGCGGUUCGUCGCGACGACCGUCGGCCGCGACAAGGUCCUGCGCACGCUGCAGUACUUUGCGCGCUUCUACGCCUGGUACCUGCUGCGCACCAACGGCACAAAGGCCGACAUCGCCCCCUGGGACGCCGUCAAGAAGCAGUUCGGCCUCGCCCGCAAGAUCAUGCGCGCCGGCAAGAACGUCGAGCACUUCAAGGCCGCCGCCGUCGCCGCCGACGCGAAGACCAUGGACCCGGUACUGCGCUACGCCGCCGUCGGCCGCCAGCUCGGCUACGCCGGCUACCUCACCCUCGACCUGGCCACCCUGCUCGACGCCGCCGGCAUCCGCAAGAGCCCCUCCGCCAAGAAGUUCCAGACCGAGGCGUACCGCUUCUGGGCCAUCGGUAUCCUGUGCAGCGUCGUCGCGCAGCUGUACACUCAGUACCGGCUCAAGGAGAGGGAGGCCAAGGUCGAUAAGAAGGAGGGCGAGGGCGUGGUGGAGAGCAAGCGGAUAGCAAUUGAGCGAUCCGCCAGCAGACUUCAGCUGCUGUCAGACGUCUGCGACUUGACGGUGCCGACUGCUGCCCUGGGAUGGGCCAACUUUGACGAUGGUCUGGUUGGUAUUGCUGGAACAGUGAGCAGUUUGAUUGGCCUAUACACACAGUGGAAGAAGACGGCGUGA